UGCAAUAAUACCUGACACACAGCACCGGACAGAAAACACGAUGGAGGGGAGUAGGUAGAUAGUUCGGAAGCGCAUUUCAGGAGCAACCAGGAAUUACUGGAUACAUCUACAAGCAUGUAGGCAAGGCGAUAUCAGGCCACUGAGCUGGAGUCUGUGCCCGCCAUGGCGUCGGCAGUAGAAGUUUUGCCGCUCGGGGCUGGCCAAGACGUGGGCCGCUCCUGCUGCAUCGUGCGGAUGGCUGGGCGCACGGUGAUGUUCGACUGCGGGGCCCACUUUGGCUUCAGGGACGCGCGGCGCUUCCCCGAGUUUGGGCUGCUGUCCCGUGCCGGUCGCUUCACGGAGCUGAUUGACGCGCUGGUCAUCACGCAUUUCCACAUCGACCACAUCGGCGCGCUGCCCUACUUCACAGAGGUGUGCGGCUACCGCGGCCCGGUGCUGAUGACCUACCCCACCUUCGCCAUGGCGCCCAUCAUGCUGGAGGACUACGUCAAGGUCAACGCCGACCGGCCCGGCGAGGUGCUGCCGUACACGGAGCAGCACGUGCGCGACUGCCUGCGCCGCGUCACGGCCGUGGACCUGCACCAGGUGGUGGCGGUGGCGCCCGGCCUGUCCUUCACCUUCCACUACGCCGGCCACGUGUUGGGGGCGGCCAUGGUGACCAUGACCGCGGGCCACCUGACGGCGCUGUACACGGGUGACUUCAACUCGGCCCCCGACCGCCACCUGGGCAGUGCGGAGCUGGCGGCGGGCGGCGCGGGGCCGGCGGGCUGCCUCAUGCGGGAGCCGGACGUGUUGAUCAGUGAGGCGACCUACGCGGCCAGCCUGCGCGACUCCAAGCGCGGCCGGGAGCGGGACCUGCUGCAAGCGGUGGAGGACACCGUCGCAGCGGGAGGCAAGGUGCUCAUCCCCACCUUCGCGAUGGGCCGGGCCCAGGAGCUGCUGAUGCUGCUGGCGGACUGCUGGCGGCGCAAGGGCCUUACGGUGCCCAUUUACUUCAGCAGCGCCAUGGCCUCCCGCGCGCUCACCUACUACCAGCUGCUGCUCAAUUGGACCAACGCCAACGUGCGCAAGGCCGUGUUCGGAGACAGCGCCGGUGGCGGUGACGGAGGGGGUGGAGCAGGAGGUGGUGGUGGAGGUGGUGAAGGAGGGGGAGGCGGGACAGGUAGCGGAGUGCCUGGCCCGCAGGGAGAGGACAGGGAGGCGGAAGGGUCGGAGGAGGAGGGGGAGGGGGAGGAGGACGAGGACGGGGUCGAGGAGGAGGAGGUGGGCUGCAGCGGCUUGGGCUGGGGCAGGUUGGGGGAGCGUGAUGGACGGAGUCUCGAGGAAGAGUCGCCUGCUGCCUUGCGCGGUGACAGCGGCGUCGGAGGUCAGGCGGCAGAGGGCGGCGGCGCGCGCCCGAGUAGCAGCCGGCGGCCGCGUGGCCGGCGGAGACCGCUUCCCCCCGACAUCGGGCGGCAGGCGGCGGCGGAAGCGGCGGCAACUCAACAGCCGUCGGUGCUUGGUCCUUGUGCCGGGCCCGCCGCAACCCCCGCCCCCGCCGCCGCCCCGCACGUGGGUGUGUUCAGCGAGGCCGACGUGUACGGCAUGUUCCGCACACGGCCCUGGGACAGGUCACUGCUCCAGGCUCCCGGCCCCGCCGUGCUGUUCGCUUCGCCCGGCAACAUCACCAGCGGCGUCAGCCUGGAGGCGUUCAGGGCCUGGGCCGGCAGCAGCCGCAACCUGGUGGUCCUGGCGGGAUACCAGGUCCGAGGCACCCUGGGUGCCCGCCUGGAGGGCAUUGGCAACCAGCAGCAGCUGUCGGGCGGCGGCAACGGAGGCGGCAGCGGGGGCGGGCGCGGCGGCGGAGGCGGAGGCGGGCAGGCCGCCACAGUGGACCUGCCGUCGGGCCCGGGCGGCAGCGGCCGACAGGAGGUGCGCUGCCGCGUGAAGAUGCUGGCCUUCUCCGCGCACGCCGACCUGCGCGGCCUGAUGGGGCUGGUGCGGCGCUGCCGGCCGCGCGCGGUGGUGCUGGUGCACGGACAGCGCGAGCCCAUGGAGUUCCUGCGCGGCCGCAUCGAGGCGACACUGGGCAUCGAGUGCCACGCGCCGCCCACCGGCAGCACGGUGACGCUGCACCCGCGCCGCGACGUGCCCCUGGGGCUGCGGCCGCAGCUGCUGGCAACCGCCAAGUGCGCCGCGGCGGCACUCGGCGCGGCACAUGCCGCGCAUCUCAAUGCCGCGCUGGCGGCAGCUGCGCACUCGCGGGCUUUCGCGCCAUACCCAGUUGGCGAGAUGGCGGUGGACGGCAGGAAUAGCAGCAGGGGCGGAGGCCCGGGAGGGGAUGGGGACGAGGCCGGUGGGGGAUCUGGGUUGGGCAGCAGUCCGGCCGCGGCAGCAGUUGCGGAUCUGUGUGAAGCGCUGGCGGCGUCAGAGCUGAGGCUAGCGGAGGCGCUGGCGGCGGCAGAGGUGCCCCAGCCGCUGACGGCGCUGCCGCUCAGCGGCGUGGUGGUGGCGCGGGUGGUGGCGCCACCGCCGCUGCAGCCGCAACUGCAGGAGCCGCAGGCAGCCGCGGCCGCAGGCGCCGCAGGCGCGGCGCCUGGGACAGGCGGACAGACAGCAGCGGCUGCAGCAGCAGCGGCGGCGGCUGUAGCAUCGGCCACGGCCGCGGCCACGCAGCUAACGCUGACAGACUCGACCACCGCAGCCAAACCGCUGCUGCAGGCGCACGGCCGGGGCAGGGACGGCACGCAGAUGCACGUGGCGCCUUACAAGAUCACGUACGGGUGUACCAUCACUGUGGCGCAUCAGCAGCAGCAGCAGCAGCAGCAGCAGCAGCAAGCUCAUGCGCAAAACGGUGCCCAGGUGGAGGCGGAGGCGAAGGCGCAAGCAUCGGCGCAGAUGGCGCACCACCAGCAGCUGUCGCUGCUACGGAGGGCGCAGCGGGCGGUGUGCUCGGCUCUGGGCGGAUACGUUGGAAGUAGGCAUGCGUGUGUGGACGGGGCGGGAGCCGCGGUGUGUUGCGGCUCCUUCAGAGCGCAGCUGGCCGGCGACGCCGACACGCAUGGCUCCGCUGCAGACGGUGCCGGCGGCAGCGUGAGCGGCGGCAGCAUCGAUGCUGGCUUGGCGGAGAGUGGCAGCACGGCGGCGGUGCUGUGGCAGUGGCAGUGGGCGUGCAGCUGGGCAGCGGAGGAGGAUGUGACGGCGGCGCGCUGCCUGCAGGCGCUGCGGGCCGAGUUUGGCGGUGAUGCGCAGACCACGUGACAAGCUUGAGACACGGCUCGCCUGGGCUCGCCGUGUAAGGCAUUAAGCGAAUGGAAGAGGGCAUGGCUGGGCGGCGCCAGCUACUGAGCUCUAUUUACUGGCCAGCACAGCGCAGCCUCAGUCCAAGCUGCAAAGCAACUUCUGGCAUAUUGCCCAGCGGGGCAGUCAAGCAUCGGUUUAGGGAGCGGUGCUCCUGUCGCUUUGGAGGCUCUGCCGCUCUGGGGCCCCAUUGGGGUAGGUGCAGGCCUGCAGGGCAGGUUGGAUUGCAAGCUUCGCCUGGAUCCGCAGCUAGCGCCGGCUCCAAAUUGCCAGCCUCAGUUCUAUGCAAACAUGCAUGCAUCUGCUUUACAAGAUAACACAAGCAUGCAGUUAACAGAUGUGAGGAGAAGAGCUACUCGUUUGAACACCGGCUUCCUCCUGAAUCCGAACUAGAGUCGAGG